GUGAAGAGGAACGGCAAGUGAACAGAAACCGGCAUCCCGUGGAAGGUCGCCGCUUAUACUGAAACUCGAUGUGGGACAAUUGAAGGGAUAGUGAAGAAUGUAAGGGGUGUAGAAGACACACGAUCUGGGAUUUUGAAGCUUGGAUUAAUCUAGUUAAGAUAGAUAGUCAGCUAACAAUUUGAAAUUUCUUAGCUAGCUAAGCUAGCUUACUCGGUCACCCAGCGAGCUUGGGGAGAAUCAUGGGCGGCCUUUUUUAUAAUGAACCUGUUGGACUGAUUAAACGAGUUUAUCGUCACUCCUCUCUCCUCUGAGUACUAAUCUUGCAAAAAUAAAAAAGUUAAACACGCCGGUUCUUGCUGUCGAAGCGGUGGAAAGGAUUCAGCCAAGCGACUAGGAUAUUAAUUUGCUCCCCGCACUGGUUCCAGUAUAAUAUUUUUGGUGGGAUUUCAAGGCACCAGACUCGUGCGGGUUUCGGUGGGGUUACGAAGCCGGUCGUGUGAAGAAUGGCCGCCCCAACAGUCCGGCGGUGGCCGAUGGGAGUUCGGACGUUAAGCGACUUUUUCGAGAUCGCUACCCUGGGCACUGGCCGAUCCCGGACGGCGCUGUCCCGAGCCCGACAGCCAAUCAGGUACCUUUCUUCAUGUGGCAUUUUAAUGACGAGGACCCACAGGAUGCUGUGCUGUUUAGACCAGGAGCCUGUUAUCCCAUCUAGCAGGACGUUCCUCAGCCUUCCGAACAAGAGGAAGGAGUACUCUGAGCGCAGAAUAAUAGGGUACUCAAUGCAAGAGAUGUAUGAUGUGGUGUCCAAUGUUGAUGACUACAAGCUCUUCGUUCCAUGGUGCAAAAAGUCUCAGACGAUCAUGAAGCGCUCGGGACAUGCAAGGGCCCAACUAGAAGUUGGAUUCCCUCCGGUCAUGGAAAGAUACACUUCCAUGAUCACCAAUGUGAGACCUCACCUUGUCAAGGCUGUAUGUACGGAUGGUAAACUGUUUAACCACCUUGAAACGAUAUGGCGCUUCAGCCCCGGCAUCCCUGGGUACCCCCGGACCUGUACUGUGGACUUCUCUAUUUCAUUCGAAUUUCGCUCCUUGCUGCACUCCCAGUUGGCUACUAUGUUCUUUGACGAGGUGGUGAAACAGAUGGUUGCUGCAUUCGAACGCCGUGCCUGCAAACUGUACGGCCCGGAGACGCGCAUCCCACGGGAGCUCAUGUUCCAUGAGGUGCACCAGACAUGAACCUGAACCUGAACCACACGCCUCUUGCAUGUGUGCUGGCCAAUUCUCACCAUUUCCCAGCUAUACUGACAUCACUCCUGUUGCCAUGGAAUAUGGAAUUUUUUUUCCACUGGGUACCAAUCAGUUUCUGUCUCCCUCUUGUCAAAAUUUUGUGGGUCAGAGAACAUUUUUUUUUUUUUUUUUAAAGCUGUUUGCUAUUAGGAUGCUUUCCAGUACAAUCUUAAAUUCAAAGGCCUUAUGCAGGACAACCUCCACUGCUUACUUUUACCUCACAUGGUCCAUUUAUUGCAGGUGGGUAAUUAAAAAGCAGUUCAGGUUAAUUAAUUUGCUUCGGCUAAGGAGCUCCUUAAAGAUUUUCCCAGAGUGCCAGUGUCUUGUUGAUACAUUGAUUUUUUUUUUUUUUUUGUCUUUGUUUUGCUGCCAUUGGAAUUAUGUAAUCAAUUCUAGCAGGUCAAACACCAUCAUUCUUCCUUAC